AUGGAGGCGCAGACCCGCUUCGUUGUUACCGCCUGGCGCGAUCCCCAGGACUUGCUGCAGCUGCGACAGGACUUGUAUAGUUCUGAGAUGGGGAGGCGGGGGCGCGGUGUUGGUAAGGUCUGUGCCUGGCGAGUACGCAAGCCAGAGGGAUUGCCGUUGCUGCUGGAGGCGACGGCGGAUCUGGUGGAUGUUGGGGUGCAAGAGGAGGGGAAGGGGUUGGGGCGGAAUGCGGUGCGGUUGUUGUAUGCGAGUGCGGUUGCGAGUUCUUCUCUUCUCUCUGGUCUAGACUGCAUCCCCCGACUAUCACUCCGCCACAUCAGCCAAACGUCACCUAUCAAGGUCCAUCAGGCAGGUACUAAUCCGCCCAGAUUCGUCACGGGCCUAGCAGACACCCAGAUUGACCUGAUACGCGAUCGCCCGUCAUGGUUCCCACCCGGCAAAUCACUCCAGCUUCCCCUUGCUCUACUCGAAGUCCGCCACCGCAUCGUCCAUCGCCAUCUCCCCUCCCUGGCUGAACUCAAGCGUGCUGCAAAGAAAAGCCUCGAGUGGCUAUGGGCAUGGUACUGGAGCCAACUCGACCACGCCUUUUCUCUUUCUCCCCCUCUCGUCGACGACGGCGAAAUCGAGAGCCUGGAGUCGGUCAAGCAGCGCUUACAAAGCCUCCUAAAGACGUACGUCAAGGAAAGAAAAACCGCAAUCAAGACGAGGAAAACAGGCCUCAACGCCGCAGAAAACGCCCUCUCCAUAUACACCCUUCGCUUCAGCGGCCCUCACAACGCCGCACCACCCCCACGCAUCCGAGACAUUCUCCUCGACCUCCUCGUCAAUAACAAAAUGAUGCUUCCCACCGAUAAGAAACUCGGAACCACCAUGUCCGGCGCCUUCCUCAUCUGGACCCCCUUCCUCCUCCGUUUCUGCUCCCCUCCUGACCCGCCCUCUCCCACAACACCAAUCAUCCCCCUCCCAACCCUCCUCACCCACCUCCUCCACACCAUGAACACCCCCUCCCCUACUCCACCACACACCCCCACCCCACCAGACCUCGACCCCGUCCGCGAGGCCCUACACGACUGGAUCCUGCACCUCCUCAGCGCCCCCGAAUGCGCGCCCCUGCGUGCACCCUCCAGCGAGAAAAAACUCCUCGAACACAUCCUGGUCGAGUGUUUCUCCGCCCCGAGUUUCUGGAACCUCAGACUGGCGCGGAGUAUACUGCGGCAUGCAGACUGGCGGGGCAAGGGCAUCUGGAGCGAGCUUUUAGAUGCUGCAGAGGCGGAUGCGAGUGUUGGGGGUAACGUCGACGCCGCUGUUGAAAUGGAUAUCGAGGCUGCUGAGGAGACUGGACGGCUUCAAGACGCCGGGUAUAAUGUCGCCGGUUCUGAUCAGAGCGAAACACAAAGCGAAAGGAUGUCUGGUCCGACUAAGGUUCUUGGUCUUUGGAAUCCUACGCCUAUUGGUUGGAUGCCUGUGGGCUUGGAGCCUGAUGAGUAG